AUGAAGGCGACGAGAACGGUCGCCGUUGCUGGAGAGAAGGCUGCGCUCGGAAGGCCGACAUUUCUCUAUGGGCUAGCGAGCACAGAGACAGAGAGACGACAGAACGCGGAGCGAACGCACGGAGUGCUCUUCUCGCAGGAGCGAAAGAAGACUCCUCCUGGUGUCUUAGCCGCGCAAGAGUCAGCGAACUCGCAUCUCUCAAUCGCUGUGGGUCCGAAUUCACCUUUUCUUCUCUCGUCUCCCUUGCUCACCUUCCAAGGCUUCACUUCUCGUACGUCGGAGUACUUGUCGCCUCUCGGGAAUCCAGCGUCGCUCCCCCGCCAGAAAACUGUCCUUCCACCGGCUACACACUUCCAGGCGCUCGCGCCUUCUGCCGCCUCUGCGCUUUUCGCUGAGGAGUUGAAAGCGCGGGAAAAAGAGAAACGGGAAACGCGAGACGAGAAAGGAGACUGCACAGCUCUCUGUGGCGCUGGCCUCGGCGCUGCAGUCGAGACUCCCGAGGAACGUCCGAUCUCCGUUUCCUCGUCGACCUCAGGUUCCCUUUCUUCUGUGCCUUCUGACCCUGUUGCCUUGCCGUCUUUCGCUUCCUCUCCAGAGUUUGCAGCCUUGCGAGACGUCCUGCUCGGUCAAAUUCGACAGCUCGUCGAGGAGGGGAAGAAAGCCCACGAAGGCUGUCGGCGUCUUCUGCAGGUUUCUCGCCCGGCUUUCGCGUCCACGUCGCGUUUCUCCGAGUCCUUCCGAUCGCCCUACGACGCACAAAAUGUCGUUCCGUUCCUGGACCAGAUGGAGAUCCCGCGCGAGGCCGGCGAAGCGGGCGCAGACGAACGGCGAGCGCGAACGCGAAAUCGGCGGUCUGAGCGGGCCAGAGGCGAGCGAAAGGCCGCCGAGUACGCCGCGGGGAAACAAGGCGAAGCGGGGGGAAAAUACGAGCAACGUGGAGAACGCGAACAGGCAGAAGAGGCUAGAGUGUGGGAGGACGGAGACAGCGAGACACUGGAGAGGCCUUUCUACGAGGCAGAGACUCCCCGCGAAUCGGAGGAAGACGAAGGAAGCGACGGAGAGGAGACCGAAAACGCGGCAACGGAAGGAGAAGACGCUGUUUCAGGAGAACGCGAUGAGGCAGGCCAGAAGAAGCUAGACGCGAGGAACGCGAGAGAGGAGAGAGAAGAGGAAAGAGACCGCAUGCACUGCCGUCUCGACGACGAAGCCAGCGUAGGAAAGGAAGAGAAACGGAUGAGCGACGCGACUCGCGGCACAGAGAGGAGAAACGAAGAAGCAGAGAGCGAGGAUGCGACAGAGAGGAACGCCGCCGCGUAUUUUGGGUGGCAAGCAGGAGCAAGACAAACGAGAGAGAGAGGUCAAGGGGAAAUCCUAAGGGACUGCGAUGCUGUCCUUCCUGUGCCUGAGGAAACGUACUCAGAUCGUGGCACGCAAGGGAAGCUGCAGGCGUGGAGUUACCAGUACCGGGUGUAUCGGCACGCAGUGUUGGAGAAUGCGAUUGUGACGUUGCCGACUGGGGCGGGAAAGACGCUCAUCGCCUCGAUGGCGACGCACACGUGGCUUCAGAACGCCUUCGCCGCCGACAAGAUCGUCGUCUUCCUCGCGCCGACAGCCUUUCUCACCCUUCAGCAGCAACGCGCCUUGUCCGCCGUUCUGUCUCUCUUUUGUGACCCUGUGGGCGCAGGCGCACCCUGGACGGGCCGUCUCGUGGUGCGUCUGCGCGGCAUUCUCGAGACGGAAAGGCUUCAAAGAGACGAAGACUGCGAGGACGAAACCGCGUAUUUCCGCCACACGCUCCAGGCCGACUGGUCCCAUCCCAAGUACUGGAGCGCCUUCUACUCGGCGCUCUCCGAGUACAGAGCCGCGCUCCUCGACCUGCAUCAGUUGCCUGCGGCGCCUCCAGCAGAUUUCGAUUUGCGCCGCUUCAACUUGGGCCGUCUCCUCGCCCCGUUCCGCUUCGCGCCUUCGCAGCGCGCGGCGCUCCUGCGCGAAGGUCCGGGGGUUGAGCAUACCAGCGAGCGCGGACGCGUCGAGGGCGACGCCCCAGGAGACUCUGAGGUCGACGAGCGUCUGAGCCUCCGCUGGCCGCGCGUCUUUGUCAUGACGCCGGAUAAAUUUCGGAAUCUCGCCUCUCGAGGAUUGCUCCGCAUCGACCGCGUUGGGCUCCUGAUCUUCGACGAGGCCCAUCGUGUGGGGCGUCUCCUGCAGGGGAACUCGAGCGCCUACGCGACCAUUCUCGGGGUGUUUGUUCACCUGUGUCGCGCUGAGAAGAAGCCGCGCAUUCUCGGCCUCACUGCGUCGCCCAUUCCCGACAGAAAGCUCUGCUUCUUCGAUCUGGACAACGAGCUGAAGCGCGCCAUGCGAACCCUGGAGACGCUCUUCCAGGCGCGAAUUGUGAAGGCCGAGACGGAGAAGGCGCCUGCGGGGGCAAGUGGAAGGAGACAGGAAGAAGGCGACAACGAGGAGGAAGCGACUCGGCCGCGAGAAGACGGCGGGGCCGAGAGAAACGCCGACGGGUACCGACGGCUGCGGGCGACGGAGACGGAGGCGCAGAGAGACGACGCGUCCACGUGCACUCUGAGAACUGUGCGCUACCUGCGGGCGCCCGCCCCCUUUUACUGCGACCGCGAACUGCGCGUCCUGCAUCGCCUCCUGAGCAGAAGAUCCUGGGAGACAGGGCGCAGAGCGGAAGGCGAGGGCGAACAGACGGCGGGGAAGUCCGCGGAAGACGCGUCAGACGCGUCAGACGCGGGCUUUGAGACGGAGCAAAGCGACGGAGAGAGGAGACGGGAAGCGCGAUACCUCGGAGAAAACGAAGCAAGAGAAGAAAGGAAAAAGCGACACAUUCUGGAGGAAACAGACGCGAAACAGAAGAACGACACGGAGAGGGAAGAGAAGAAGGAAGAGAAGAACGAAACGGAGAGCGAAGAGAAGGAGCAAAGAGAGGAGAUGGACCUUGAAGAAGGCCAAGAGAAGAGUGAGGGACGCGCGAGCGCAGCGAGGUCGAGGGGGAGAGAAGACGAGGCCUGGCAACACUUUUUCGAACGCGAGACCCGAGGUCGCCACACUUACUUUUCGUUUUUGCUUCAAGACGUUCUUGACAUCUGUUCGGCCUUUUUCUACGUCGAGGUGACUCGCCUAGAGGGUGGACGAGAGGAACGUGGAAAGAGCGAAGAUCAGCCCGAGACAGCGAAUGGGGAAACUUCCCCAGGAACCCGCGAACGGGGACCAGGCGGAAGCUGCGCCUCGUCUUCUCCCUUUCCCCAACCGUCUUCUUCUCUUUCUUCCUCUCUUCCUUCUCUUUCUUCCUCUCUUCCUUCUCUUUCUUCCUCUCUUCCUUCUCUUUCUUCCUCUCUUCCUUCUCUUUCUUCCUCUCUUCCUUCUCUUCCUUCCUCUCUUCCUUCUCGUUCGCCGUGGUCUUCUUCUUCUCCGCCGCCGUCGUCUUCUUCUUCUCCGCCGCCGUCGUCUUCCCUGUCCUGGGACUCUUCACAGUCUGGACCGCCUCGGUCGGACCUUCUCUCCGAUGUCGUGCACGAGGAAGACGUGCGGCUGAACGUCGAGGUGAUGAGGCUGCUCUGGAGGAGCGUGGAGACGCCUGUGCGUCAGAGCGCGAAGCGGAAGUGGGAAAAUUUCCGUCGGCACAUGCUGCACAUCCAGCGCGACUUGGGCUUCUGGUGCGUGUGGAGGCUCAAGGCGAAAGUCGACGAAGAGUUCGCAGCGUGGCAGAGACGCCUGGCCUGUGGCCAAGGCGGCGCGUCGAAUCUCGGCCCGGGAGACGACAGCGGCGAGGGAGACACCAGAGGCGAGACAGACGGGGGCGAGACAGAUGGCGGCGAGGGGAGAGGGCGAGGAGACAAGAUCGAGAAGCGAACGGUUUUUCAGGGAACAGACACCGGAGAAGGCAAGAGAAAAGCGAAGGAACAGCGUGCCCAAGACAGACCGCGCUCUUCCUCUCGUGCCUCGUUGCCACUCUGGAUUUUUUUUCCGUUUCUCCCACCUCCUCCCUGCCACGGCCGGUGCUUCCGGUCCUCUUCCGCUCCAUCUUUUUCUGUUUCUUCUUUCGGCAGGGCGGGAGCGAAGGAGGCUGUGGCGGCUCUUCCCGUCGACUGCCUGCUGCGUCGCCUGUUUUUCGGGUAUUUCCACUUUUUCUCCAAACUGCUCUCCGCGGCUCUGUCCAACUCCGAUCUGAAACUGACCAUGCGUCUCUGUCGCUCGCGCGACCUCGCGCACUUGGGGAAGGCCUUCGACGCCCUCCCUUCUCGGGGACUCGAGGCGGAGGCGACGCGAGCUCUGGUUUUGCAACGCGUCGCCUGGUCACUCUUCUCCCACAAGCUCGUGCAGCUCGACCGCAGCCUGCGCGAGGCCUUCGGCGAACAGGCGCAGACGCAAACGCGGGAAGGCCUGCGCGGGGAGACAUGCGAAAUCAGAAAAGAACAAAGGAUCCAACUCGGCCGAGACGCACAGAACGCAGCGGAAAGCACAGACUGCGAAGCCGCACGCAAGUCCAACAGUGGCGCGAACCUCCGCGCUCCUCCCCACUCGUCUCCCCCCUCGUCUUCCUCCUCGUCUUCCUUCUCGUCUUCCUCCUCGUCUUCCUUCUCGUCUUCCUCCUCGUCUUCCUUCUCGUCUUUUUUUUCUUUUCCUCCUUCGCCUGUCCCUUGUUCGCCGUCCUCGCCAGGCCUGGCUCUGGGAGACGUCCCGAAGUGCGGACUCGUCUUUUGUCGGCGGCGCGUGGACGCGUGGCUCCUGUGCGAGUUCCUCAAAGCCCGUCGCCUCUUCUUCGUCGACUGGAUUUGCAGUUCCUCCGUCGCCUCGCAAGACGCCGCCUGGCUCUUUGGAGUCGGAAAGGCUUCGCGCGACCGAAACCGCUGCCUCGACCGCCUUCGUGCCACGCACGUAGUCUGGGAGAAACUCAAGGCUUCCAAACACAAACUCCACGACCGCACACAAAGAUCCGAACAGACCUCAGUUCCGCAACAGCUCUCCUCUUCUUCCUCUUUUUCUUCCUCUUCUUCUUCCUCUUUUUCUUCCUCUUUUUCUUCCUCAUCUUCCUCUUCGUCUUGUUCGCCUGAUGGAGAUGGAGGGAGAGCCGUGAGUCGUCUGAUGCGUCGACUCGGCUGGGGGGCGCCUCUUCAGCUUCUCGUCACGACUUCUGUUUUGGAGGAAGGCAUCGACUUGCCGGCGUGUAACCUCGUCGUCCAGACGGAUGUUCCCUCCUCGCUCGUUCGCUACGUCCAAGCCAAAGGUCGCGCGCGGAAAAAACCUGCGGAAUUCAUUGUCCUCUGUCCCGAUUCGGGGCCCGACCCUUCCUGGAUGGACGCCUCACUUCCCCCUCCCUCUUUCUCAUCGCUCGCUUCUUUACAGUCGCCACCUCCUCGCCCCAUCCCUUCUCUUUCUCCUCUUUCUCCUCUUUCUCCUCUUUCUUCUCGUUCUUCUUGUUCUUCUUUGCUUGCGUGGUUGGAAGAGAACGGUGAACGGUCGCGAGGCGCGGUCUGGGCCUCGGGCGCCUCGGGAGCUGCUUGCAUGCAUGGCGUCUCUGGGAGCUUCUCCGAGCUUGCGUGGCUGCAGGUCUGCGAAGCGAAGGCGGCGGAACUGGCGUGCGACGUCGACGCGCCGGAGACGCCCGGGCGUUCGCAGCCGCUGCGGAGACUGCGGAGAUCUUUCCGCCUGGAGGAACUGCUGCUGACGCGCACUGGGACACUCGUCCACAGCGCCUUCGCCCCCGCGCUCUUGCGGGAAAUCGUCGAUGCAUGCACAGUUCCGGACGCCCGAGGCGCGGGAAAGACCCAGAUGCUAGACGUCCGCGGAAACGCACUCCGCGACACAGACAGCCCAAACUCCAGACUCCGCGAGACUCCAGGAGAUGGAGCAGAUGUGAGGACUGACAAGCAGGCCUUGUCUUUCGCGUCCCUGGAGGGGCGUCGUGUCUCUCGUCUCUCUGUGGGCAAGGCGACGCCUCGCGGAAGAGCGCCUCCCCUCCGUGUGCUGCGCACGGAAGACGGGAAAUGGGCCUUGGAUGUUCCUUCUCUCCAGGGUUUUCGGGCGUCUCCUCUCCCAGCCUUCUCUCUCGAGCUCUCGCCUUCCGCGUCUGCGGCUCUGCCUGCCACCGCCGCCUUCGCGGUCCUCGCUCUCCAGGCGCUUCGCCGCCUCGUGGCAGAAGGGGUCGUCGACACUUUCCUCAGAUGCAGAGACGCCGACUCGGUCCAAGUCGACAGGAACCGCGGCGACAAAGAGCGGGAAAAGCGCGAGAGUUGGGGCGGAGUCGGCGCCGUGGACCUCCUCUGGAGGGAACUUCCCGACUGCUUGAUGCCCCCACGUUCGUGGCGAGGCUGGCGGACGGAAGAAACCAGCGAGAGCGAGAACGCGGGGAAGCCGGGAGACGAGCCAAGGAUCGGCGAGCGAGAACGCAGAGGAGUCCUCAAGGUGAAAGACGGACGGCAAGGAACAGCACAGCCCAACGGCCGAGCUGCGCGAACGGAAACCAAGCGUCAAACAGACACGGCGUCUCAGCCGGGGAAACCCCGCAAACAUUCACGGCCGCCGCCUCCGCCCGCGGGCGUCACGCGCCUGUUCAUCCACCGGGUGUGGUGCACGCCGCUGACGGCGCGCGAAGCGGCGCUGGAGCGGUCCUGGGUUCCGCCGAGUCAGAAGAAGAAGAAGGAACGUCUCCUCAGGCGGCUGAAACGGGCGCGAGGUUUGCUGCCGUCGCCUCUGUACGCAAGCGGAGGUUUCUGCGGUCUGUGGAGACUCUUUGCCGACGCCGAGGCGUCUCUGCGAACGGCGGAAGUCGCGCUCGAAGACGAUUUGCGGUGUCGAAAGACGGCCGCAAAAACGAAGGGCGAAACCGAGACGAGAACUGGAAAAGGUUUGGACAACGGCCUGUGGUGGUUUGGCAACCGACGGCAGCGAGAAUCCUGCUUUGUGAGGAGAGAACGGGAACGAAGUGGCGAAACGGGGGUGAAGGGAAAAGAUACACAACAGAGACCGGUCGCUGAGGGAGAAGAAGAAGAGGAAGCAGAAGAGGAAGAAGAAGAAGAGGAAGAAGAAGAAGAAGAGGAAGAAGAAGAGGAGCGAAAAUUGAAGUCGCAAGAGGAAGCGGAGAACAGACAGCGGAGAGGAAUACUGCAGUUGAUACGUUCACGCAUCGACGCCGUCGCGGAGGGGCGCGGACCGGAUAGUGUCCUUCAGCCUCUCUGUCUGUUGCUCUCACGCCCCAUCGCGUCGCCGAUGGCCUUCCACGCUGUGCAUCCCGAGGCGGAGGCGACAGGUCCGGCGGCGAGGCGGCGCGGCUCCACCGAGCCGCGGUUUGGUUCGCGCGGAAAGGAAGAAGGAGACGAAGACGCCUGGAAUAGCCAAGACGCAGAAGAAGAAGAAGAAGGAGAGGGAGAAGGAGAGGGAGAAGGAGAAGAAGACGAAGGAGAAGAGGACGAGAUUCCAGGACUGAUGAGGGUGGAAGUUGAGAAGCCAGAGAAAACGAUGUUCAUUGAUCUCCCAACGGCCUACGUCGAGCAGGUGCUUCUGCGGUUCACACACAUCCAUCUUUGUCGCCUUCUUCAACUCUUCAACUUCUCUCCCAGUGGCACGUGCAAUCCUCUCAUUCUCGCCGUUCUCCAGUUUCUCUCUGCUCUCCCGUCUCAUAACUCUUUUUCUUCCUGUUCCUCUUUUUCUUCCUCUUCUUCUCCCUCUUUUUCUUCCUUUUCUUCUCCCUCUUUUUCUUCCUUUUCUUCUCCCUCUUUUUCGUCCUCUUCUUCUUCCUCUUUUUCGUCCUCUUCUUCUUCCUCUUCUUCUUCAUCUUCUUCUUCAUCUUCUUCUUCCUCUUCUUCUUCCUCUUCUUCUUCCUCUUCUUCUUCCUCUACUUCUUCCUCUACUUCUUCCUCUUCUUCCUCUUCUUCUUCCUCUUCCUCUUCAUCUUCUUCUUCCUCUUCUUCUUCCUCUUCUUCUCCCUCUUUUUAUCCCUCUUUUUCUUCCUCUUCUUCCUCUUCUUCUUCCUCUACUUCCUCCUCUUCUUCGUCCGCUUCUUCUUCUGCUUUUUCCUCUUCAUCCUGUCUUAGAGGGGAGGGAGAGAAGAAGUCUCGUCUCGUGUCUCUUCCUCUGCGUCUCUUCGCUUCUUCUCGGCUCCUCCCGUCCCACGCGCCUUCUCUCUUUUCGCCGCCGCCUUCUUUCUCCUCUCUUCUCUCUCUCGCGGUCGAAGACGCGAAAGAGAAAAGUUCUCUUUACUGUCCUUCGCUCUCUUCCCCCUCUUCGCUCUCUGCUUCUUCGGAGGCCCGAGAAGAACAGCUGAAGACGCGGGUGGCGGAAGCAUGCACGAGCCUUGCACAGGCCGGUGUGGUGAAUUUGCAGCGCGUUCUCUUUCCGUUUUUCCUUCUCGCGCCGCUCUCUCCUGCAGACGCGAAAAGCGUCGAUCUCGACUUCAUUCACCGCGUCGCCAGCCUUCGUGUGUUUCUUCGCAGCGGUCAAAGCCGCCGGCGAGGCCUUCUGGAAGCCUGGGAACGCCCUCCGUCUCUUCUACAGCUCCACGACCGCCGUUCCUUCCGGGGCGCAGUGGAGCGUCUGCACUGUCUCCCGUCCCUCUCCGCAGUUGCGCGUCUUUUUGGAGAAACCCGCGGAAAAGCAGGACAGGAGGAUCGCGUCUCUCUGGAGUCCAAAGGCGGACGCUGGGGAAAAGGGGAGAACGCCACCCGCGAAACAGAGGAGACAGCCUCGCCCGCCGUUGACCGGGGACUCUUGACCCGUCGCCUCCCGCAGCCUGGCAGCAAGAGCCCGAGACGGAAAGAACGAACAAACAAGAACGAAAAAGAGGGAGAAGAGGGAGAGGAAGAAGGAGAGAUGAGAGGAGAAAGGACGUUGUCGAAAGACGAGCGUUUUUUUCUGAUGCUUCAGACCUAUAACGGCGACAGUUUGUAUCGCAUUAGCGACACGGCGCAGGCUGGGAGUCGACAGGAAAAGAAUCUUAUGCGUUUUUUUCGACGAAGAAGUGAAAAUGCGCUUUCCGUGAAAGACGCGCUCCGGGAAGAAGGAAUGGAAAUCUUUUACCAUCUUCGGUCUCGCGGCCUGGAGCCUGUCGCCCUCAGGAUGACGCAUCAGUUCGGUCGUUGCUUUCGAUUCUACCGGCUCCACACCAUUCACCGACAUCUGACACCGCACAACGUGAUGAUCAACAGCGACGCAGGCUUCACCCUGGGCACCCUCUGUCGAGUUUAUCUGAAGCAGUUCAAACAACAGCUGGAAGAGCCGCAUCCAGACCGGGAGCGGGGACCGCGCGGAAAUUGCUUCCUCGUUCAGGCUGUCAAACUGAGACAGGAAAUUUCGUGGAUGCCGGCGAUUCUCUUCGAGCUCGAGGUUCAGGCGAAACACUGCGACCUCGUGCGGCGCUUGAAACGCGAUUUGCAGCCGUUCCUCUUCGCUCCGGGAGCCCGAAAAGUUCGCCUGCCUCUCGAAGUUGACUUCCCGCUCGUCUCCAAGUCCUUGACAGCUCCGCAGAGUCGCCUCGCGGGCGCCGUGGACGCGGCCGGCGUCGAGUGGCACAGCCAGCGUUUGGAACUUCUCGGCGACGCCGUCUUGAAGUUCAUCGUCUCGACGUACCUUUUUUUCCACGUGCACGGAGACGCGCCUCCUCCCUGCGAGCAGACGCACACAGACGAAGAAACGAAAGAAGAGAAGGAGGCGAAGGAAGAGAAGGACGCGAAGGAAGAGAAGGACGAGGAGAAAGAAAAGGACGAGGAGAAAGAGAAAGACGCGGAGGAAUUCGGAGAGAAAGAAGAGAGGGAUGGGGCGAAGCUCGAGGGGGGAAGAAGGGAUGCCUUCUCUGCUUCCUUUGCUGCGUGUUUGGAGUCCGGCGAGGGCGAGGCGCCAGGGUGGAGACGCGGGCCAGAUCGAACCCGAGAGAGAGCGAGAGCGAAGCGUCGCCUGGACGUUCGCGAGGGAAGGCGACGCUCGCGGAAAGACGAGGACUGCGGGGGUUCUCCGCUUUCUGUCCUCACGCAAGAACGCGCUGACGCCUUCUUUGGCGGGGUCGGCGAGGGGACACUGUCGAGGCUCAGACAGCAUUACAUUGCGAACGAUUAUCUGCGCUUCGCGAUGCGGCGCUUUCGCCUCCAGGCGCACCUCGUUGCCUUUCCCUUUGUGGGCCACAAGAAGUCGCUCGCGGACCUGCGGGAGCAACCCGUCUCCGAGAAGAUGCAGGCCGAUGUCGUCGAGGCUCUGAUCGGCGCGAUCUACUUGGCGAACGUGGAAAACGUCUCGCUCUUCCCCUUCUCGCAGAGCGAAAAGCUCCGCGGCGAAAAGGUUGGCGGCGAGAAGAAAGCACAGACAGAGGAAAGGGAAAGACGCGACAGCCAGAGAGUCGAGAAGGAGGCAGCUGAACGAACGGGGGCUCAGAGGCAGGCGGUGAGGCAGAGAAGGAGGAAGCGACGCGAAGGCCGUGAAGCAGCCAGACAACAAGAGAAAGACACGCGUUUCGUCGGAUCGAGCUCGGGGUGCGUGGCGGCUGCAGCCUUCUUCGACGCUUACCUUCUUCUCCCGAGCGUCGUGGACGAAGCGGUCUGCCGUCUUGAAGAGGAAAACCAACGAACGCAGCAGCACAGACGGAAGGCCGAGGAACAGAAGGGCGAAAGCGGAAAAGAAGAGGACAGAGUCCAAGAAGGCUUGGCGGUCAGGCAAGAGGGCGAUUCUCCAAGCGAGGCAACUCGCGACGAAGAGAAGGAAGUGCUGGAGCGCCGGAAGGCUCGUCUCGCUGAGUUUGUCGAGAAGGCGGCACGCGCCGGGGAGUGUUUCUGUACGAGCGAGGAAGGAAGCGAAAAAGGUGAAAAAGAAAUCAACAAAGACGCGUGGAAGCUCCUCCCCGACAGGCUCACGAAACAGACAACAGAUCUGCGCGCUCUCGCCCGUCUUCCUCACAUGUCGCAAACGUUUCUUCUUCUCUGGACAGCGACCGAGACAUGGCGAAGAUCCCACACCUAUCUCGCAAAACAGGAAGAAGAAGAUGAAGAAGAAGAAGAAGAGGAGGACGGAGAAGAGGAAGAAGAGGAAGAUGGUGAAGAAGAGGAAGAAGAAGAAGAGGAGGACGGAGAAGAAGAAGAAGAAGAGGAAGAAGAAGAAGAGGAGGACGAAGAAGAAGAAGAUGAGGGGGAAGAAGAGGAGCGUGGUGUUUGGAAGGAAGCUCCAGCUAGGCGGGAAGUCGACAGAUCUCAGUUUUUGUGGAUGCGCAAGAUUUUUUCCCGCUACGUGACAGACGGCAGAGGUGAUAUCGAUCGCCUCAUGGAGAUUGAUCCCGUGCGGGGCGUGUAUCUGCGGCCUAAGGAAAGUCUCCUUUCGUCUCUGCAUAACGGCACAAGCGUCUCGGGCCAGGAGACGGAGGCGGCAGACGCAGGCGAGAGAGAACGUCUUCUUCGCUCGCUGCAUCUCCUCUCUCAGACAAUUCGUGGAGUUUCCAGCAACGCCAGCGUCUUGCGCAUGUGGCGGAGUCCCGGGGAGAACACAGAGAGAAGAGAAGCGCAAAGGAAAACGGAGUCUGAGCAAACAAACGAGAACGCGGUUUCCUCUUCUCUCUCUUCCUUUUCUUCUGUCUCUUCUUCUCGCGGGAAGCGUCAGAGAGACAGAGGCUUCCACCUGCCUGGGUUGUUGACUGUGGCGAGGAACCGCGACGUCAUCCUUCCCGGCCUCGCCGAAACCUACGAGCGCCUCGAGUACCUCGGCGAUUCCGUCAUCGGCUUUCUCGUCACGGACUGGCUGUUCUCGCGAUUUCCUGCCUUCCGCGAGGGCCCUCUGAGUGAAGCGAAAAACGUACUGCUUUCCAAUCAAUUCUUCGCCAGAAAACUCCUCAGAAGAUGCAACGCGGUGAGCCUAGAUCCGGCGACGCUCCUCAUUUGCAAGCGUCGCGUUGCCGGUGCGGAGCCUUGCGCAUGUGAGAGGAGCGGCGGGAGUGUGUGUUUGGAAGAUUCUCAAGGCCACGUUUUCCGCCGAAUCUCCCGUCUCCUUUCCGUCUCCUGGUGUUCUUCGUCUCUCUGUGUUUUACGGGUUUUCCGGAGAAUUUGGCCGGGAGGGAGGAGCCUCGAUCUGUCGAGAGAUGUUCGCCUCGCAUGUGCCGCAGUUCCACAGAUACGCGCAGUCUGGGAAGCAAUUCAUGAGGAUUUCGACAGUUGUGCGAAGCCAGUCGAACUCUUCCUGAAGCAAGUCGCGAGCUCGUCUGAGGAAGAGUCGCGUGAUAUGCCGCCAGGACCAGACGAAAAGAAGAAAGAUGACGAAGGAUAA